GUGGAGGCGGGCGGUGUGGAGGAGCGACGCUCCGCCGGGAGGACCGGAGAACAGCCGCACGGCUGGAUGAAGGCAGCGGGCUGAGGGGGAACCGGAGCCGCCGCGGAGCAGCGCGAACCCCGCUGAAGGAGCAGGAAGAGCCCGAGGCCCGGCGCCCCGGCAGACCCGGCAGACCCGCUCCCGGCCCGGACAGACCCGGCAGACCCGCGGCUCGGCGCCGCUUCCCCUGCCGGGCUCCGGCGCUCCAUCACCCGCCAUCACACCGACCGGACGGCGGCUCCAGCGGCCGUCCAGACGCUUCGCUCUGCGGACCGCAGCAGACCCGGAGCGGCGGAAGCAGUUUCCCACACAGACAGUCAGGACUGCAGCACACAGAGACGUUGAAGCUCCUUCACGGCCGACGCUGAACUCUGUCCUCUGUUCAAAAGGCCUGACGUCGGCGCCGUGUGGACCGCCGCCCUCGGCAUCAUGUUCAGUCUCACGUCUCCGGUGAGGAUGCCGCUUGGCCCGGGGGAAGACCGCUCCGCUGCGCCCCUGCCCCCCUCCCGGAGGCGGGGCUCGUCCACGCCCGUCGCCGCCGCCUCGUUACGGGACUGCUGAAGCUCUGCGGGAGGCCUCGGGCGGAGGCUGUCUCCAUGGCGAACGUUACCCUGGGCUCCCACUCGCCUCCGGAGCCGGUCGCGCCCACGGCGGCGCCUUCGGAGACCCGGCAGGGCGUGGGCCUGCCCCUGCAGGUCUUCUUCUGCCUGGCCAUGGCGGCCAUCCUGCUGCUGGCGCUGUCGGGGAACGUGGUGGUGUGCCUGAUGGUGUACCAGAGGUCCGCCAUGCGCUCGGCCAUCAACAUCCUGCUGGCCAGCCUGGCGCUCGCGGACAUGAUGCUGGCCGUCCUGAACAUGCCCUUCGCUCUGGUCACCGUGGUGACCACCAGCUGGAUCUUCGGGGACGUGUUCUGUCGGGUUUCCGCCAUGCUCUUCUGGCUCUUUGUGAUGGAAGGCGUGGCCAUACUGCUUAUAAUAAGCAUAGACCGCUUUCUGAUCAUCGUGCAGAAGCAGGACAAGCUGAGCCCGCAGAGGGCCAAGCUGCUGGUGGGGGUCACCUGGGGCCUGUCCUUCCUGUUCUCCUUCCCCCUGGCCGUGGGCUCGCCCCCCCUGCAGACCCCCCCCAGGGCCCCUCAGUGCGUGUUCGGCUACAGCGCCGAGCGGGGCUACCACGCCUACGUCCUGGUCCUGAUGCUGGUCUUCUUCUUCCUUCCUUUCGUGGUCAUGCUGUACACGUUCAUGGGAAUCCUCAACACCAUCCGCCACAACGCCGUGCGCAUCCACAGCCACCCGGACGGCGUCUGCCUGAGCCAGGCCAGCAAGCUGGGCCUGCUGAGCCUGCAGCGCCCCUUCCAGAUGAACAUCGACAUGAGCUUCAAGACCCGUGCCUUCACCACCAUCCUCAUCCUCUUCUCCGUCUUCACCGUGUGCUGGGCGCCCUUCACCGCCUUCAGCCUGGCGGCCACCUUCAGCCACGGCUUCUACCGGAGAGACGGCUUCUUUCAGAUCAGCACCUGGGUCCUGUGGCUGUGCUACCUCAAGUCGGCCCUCAACCCUCUCAUCUACUACUGGCGAAUCAAGAAGUUCCGCGACGCCUGCCUCGAUCUGAUGCCCAAAUACUUCAAGUUUCUUCCUCAGCUGCCCGGAAACACCAAGAGGCGCAUCCAGCCGAGCGCCGUGUACGUGUGUGGAGAGCACCGGUCUGUGGUUUGAGUCGGAGAAAUCCUCUGUGACGCUGUCCGAACGACACCUCCGGGUCUGUCGGUAAGCGUCCAGACUGACAGCAGCGCUGUGUCCAGGAGGCUUGGUCCUGCAGAGGCCGGUGAACUGAGAGAACCGAUCCAGAAGGUCCAGAAUGACUCCAGCGUGUCUCAGGUUCUGUUUCACCAGUGUGAAGCUCACAGUGCAUUCAGGCCCAGAGGCUGACUGGUUCUGCUUCUUCUGAGAGAUUCUUCUGAUCCGUCCAGCAUGGGACCGUCAGACCGCCGCCCCCCCUGCCCUGUGCUGUCGCUGUGCUGCACAGGAGCUCACUCCCCAGUAGUAUCUCAGCUGAUUGGAGAACACUGGUUUCCUCUCCUCCGAUGUCCCUGAGGUUCAGCACUGACAGACCGGCUCCUGCUGACUGAAGGGAACUGCACCGUCCUCUGCAGGGACUGAUCUCUGCAGAGUCUCCCAGGUUUCAGUGUGGAGCUGCAGCUCUGGUACCUUACAGUCCUCACCAUGUUGUCUUCUCACCCAUUAACCCCUAGAGUCAGCAUGACCAUCGGGCUUUGUGCUGUGGUGUAGUCGUGGGCCGAUCGCUGCUGCAGCAGACGUCUCUAGUUAACCUGUGGAGUUCACUGCCAAACCACUUGAUGCAUUUAUGCAAAAGGUCAAGUCAGGGUCAACUUCUUUUGCCACUUGAUUUUGUGUUCCUGGCCUGGAACCCACAAUGCUUCACUCUGAUCCCACGCCCGGUGUCCAGGUCAGCGAGGCUUCCUGAAGCCCUCAGGACGGCCUGCGGGCGGGUGGGCGGGGUCAGCUGGCUCGCUGUGUGGAGGGAGCUGUCAGGGCGGCCGGCUCCACGUCUCUGGAGCCGCCAGUCUCAGGAGAAGCUUCUAGAAGCUUAGUUUGACUAGAGAAGGUGUCUGUUUGGUUGGAAACAGGAAGUCUUCAGAAAAUUCAGCAUGGUGGGUUUGGCCGUCCAGUGGCCUUUCAACAGUCAACCGUUUCUCUCCUUUUUCAGUCUGUUCGGUGUGUAAGUGAAGACUUCACCGCUGAGGCAGGUGGGUACGCUGCCAUCAACAGGCGGAUGUGCUGAAGACUAUCAGCGUGACAGGAUGGAGCUGAUGGGUGGAGGUCCCGACACCGCGGGACGGAACAGCCUCCUAUUGACCACAGGACUGACUGCACACCAAGUCCGGUCGCUUCAGCCUGUCAAGGUCACAGGGGUCGCUGGGUCAGAUCAGAGGGGAAACCUGACCCCUGCUGAGUGCCAAAGCUGUUGGUCUUCAGAAGACAGUCCAGAACAGUCUGUGUGUCCAGUAAAGACCCCAGAGUCCCCCACCUGCUCCACACACGGCCACGCCCCCUGAUGGAGGACCACCCAGGUGAAGGAAGCCUGGUGAAGAGCCCUGAACGGUGGGACAGAGCCUCCAUCUGGACCUGCUGGGGGGGGGAGGGAGCUGAGAGCCUCCGUCUGGACCUGCUGGGGGGCGGAGCUUGUACAUCUUGUUUUUGCGGGCUGGAAUAGCAGCCACACCGUUGCUGAUGUGUGUGUGUCGGGUGUUCUGUGCCUCUGGACUGAAGCUGCUCUGGUGACGUGCCGUACUGCUGAAUGUAAUAAAGGAAGUGGACGUU